AUGAUUGCAUUACUUAGAAUAAUUAGUCAGUUUAGACGACAAAUAAAAAGGACGUCAUCUCAACCAAUAAAUUUGGAAGAGAAGCUGGGAAAUGACACAGAUUCUUAUCAUCAAUCACAAAGAGUUCAUUAUCGUGAAGGUGAUUCAAGGCACCUUGAAGAAUACCUUCCUUUCUCCGAAAUCGGUGCAAAUGUGAAUUAUCAUGAAGCAUUGUCAGCACUUGUAAAACUUUGCCAGGAAGCUUCAUCUUCAAUUCCAGUUCAGUCAAAUAUUGUUGAAUCUCAGCAUAGAAAUCCAGUAAAUAAAUCUCAUUCUUUGUGUCAAAUGGAUUGGGAGAGUCAAUUAUCACCAAACUGUACUAAAUCCAACUUGGUUUACAAUUCAGUGUUGAAUCCACUUACUCAACAAAAUAUAUCCACAGAUAUAGAUGAUGGUUGUGGAGGUAAUGACAGGAAGUGUGAUGAUGACGACGUCGAUAAUGCUACAUCCUCUAAUCCUAUUGUCAAUAGCGCCAAAAAUAAGUAUGACAAUAAUUUGUCAAAAAUAUAUCAAUCUCAUAAAUUAGCAUCAGAUAUUUGGUCUGCUCUACCCGAAAGUGAUUGGCUUUCUCAGAGUUAUCAUGCAGACAUGAAAACAACUUGUUAUCCCAACAUCCCAAAUCACAGUUUAGUAACUGCCAUCGCCUUUGAUCCGGAGAUGCUUGAACACAAAUGUCUUUGUCCCAAUGCUCAUGAUUCAAGUAUACAUCCUGAAUGUCCAGAUCGCCUAACUCCUGCUUUAGAACGCCUUGUUCGUACACCCCUUUGUAUACCUCCACAUAUGUUGUCGUUUGCAUCAAAUAAUUUAACUGAAAGUUUUAAAUAUACUGUCUUAUAUGAUAUGCCUGAUCUACAGCAUGAUUUCAGUCAAUUUUUACAAAAUCAUGCAGAUAUUUCAGAAGCUUUAAUUACACAUUUACCUUUACUGGCAUUUUGUCGUUUAGUUCGUGCACGAAUGGCAACAAAGAAUGAAUUACAAAUAUUCCAUUCAAAUGAAUAUGUUCAAACAUUUGGCACUAUUCCCACUGUUUCAAAUGAUGAUCGACCGUCUUCAAAAUGUUCAAAUGAAUCUACAUCAUUAUCAACUGUAUCUUGUGGAUCUACAACUAUUGAUCGUGGAUUAUCAGUAUUUAAUUCAUGUACCACGACAAGUUUAUCAAAUCAAUUAUGUUCAUUAGCUUGUGGUGGUGUUGGUGUAGAUUCAGAUACAGUUUGGAAUCCGUGUAGAACAGCUCGUGCUGCUCGUUUAGCUGUUGGUCAAGUUUUAUGCCUUGCUCAUCAGGUAGCGAAACGUCAUUUCCGUAAUGGAUUCGCUAUUGUUCGCCCACCUGGUCAUCAUGCUGAACCAGAUCAAGCUAUGGGAUUUUGUUAUUUUAAUUCUGUUGCAAUUGCUGCAUUGCAUUUAUUACGUGAGCGUAUUGUUUCAAAAGUUUUAAUUCUUGAUUGGGACAUUCAUCAUGGCAAUGGAACUAAGCUGGCUACAACACAUCCUGGAUUAGUUUACUUAAGUCUGCAUAGAUAUGAUGGUGGGACUUUUUUUCCUGGUACUGGUUCAGUAUCUAAUUGUACAGAAGAGAAUCAAUCCUCGCAAAGUAAUUCUUGUGAUAGUGAUCACACCUCUACUAAUCCUGUUACUGUAUCAGUUUCUGAUAGUAAUAUUUCCUCAGAAAAAUUCAAUCAUUUCGAUGAUCAUAGUGUAAACUAUAUGGCAAAUAUAAAUUUCAAUAAUAAAUUUGCCAAUAAUAUUUCCAAUACAACAAUUCCAUCAGCUCAGUUAAUAAAUAUUGCAUGGGAAAAUCCACACAAUGGUACAAAUGAUAAUAAUUAUACUGAAAUAAUCAGAUCACAAAUGAAACGUCGAUCAACAACGACAUCCACUGUUAGUCCUUAUAGUUUAAAUGCUGAUGAAAGAAGGAAACGAUGGUUUCAAAAUGUUGCUAAUCGAUCGGAACAGGAUAAACAAAAAUUGUGCAAAACGAUUGGUUCAUCUGAUCAUCAUCACCAAUAUCCGAGUUACUCAAAUCAAUGUAAUUGUGAACGACACAAUUCUUUAUCAUCCUCUUCAACAUCUUUACCAUUUCAACGUUCUAUAUCUAUAAGAAAUAGGCAAAAUUCUGAUCUUACACCAUUUUGUACCUGUCUAUCUAAUAAAGCAACAAGCACUGGAAGUAGCCAAGUUUGUUCAUUCUGUUUAUCACAAUCAAUUGAGUCGUGCUCAGAUAAAUCAGAUCUAUUAUUAUCUGAAACUAAUCCAGUUAAUUGUCAACCUUAUCAUUCAUAUUCACAUUUUCAACAAUAUCCUAUACAUCACCAACCAUUAGUAUCGAAUGCAUAUAAUCAUCAUCAACAUCAUAAUCAACCACUGUCAUCUAGUACUUGGAAAGAACCUUUAUUAGGUUUAAGUGAUGCAGAGUAUUUAGCUGCAAUGCGUUCUGUUGUUAUACCAGUCGGACAUGAAUUUCAACCAGAUAUUAUAUUAAUUUCAGCUGGUUAUGACGCUGCUUAUGGACACGGUGAAGCAUUAGGCGGUUAUUCUGUAUCAUCUGGUUUAUUUGCAUGGAUUACGCAUCAGUGUAUGUCUAUAUCAAACAGUCGUAUAGUUUUAGCACUAGAAGGUGGUUAUUCUCCCUCGACUGUAGCUGAUUGUAUUACAUCUUGUGUAAAUGCAUUAUUACUCCCAGCUUCACAAUCACACUGGAUUCCCGUACUGAAUAAUGAACAACCAAAUAAAUGUGUAAAUAUUGAUGGCGCUCAAGAAGCAUGGAUGAAUGCUGUAUACUGGAUACCAAAUUCUGAAUUAAUUCGUCCACCUAGACCUGAAGCUGUUGUUAAUCUAAUGACUACAAUUCGACAUCAUGCUAAAACUGGAUGGAAAUGUUUUACAAAUGUAUCAGAAGAAAAUGUUGCAAUGUCAUUUUCUGAAGCUAUUCACAUGGAGCAUCAAUUAGUUGAAAUGAAUAAAUCAACUGAAUUCAGUUCAAUGAAAAGUAGAAAAUUAAGUGAUAGUAGUAUUCCAUCAUCAGUUGAAGCGCAAAUUAUAUCAACAACAUCUUCUUCUUCAACAACAGUUACAACAGCAGCUUAUCGAUUUAGUAAUUCACAUUUAUCGGAUUAUAUGGCUAAAUUACAUAUGGAUCAAUCUUAA